AUGGAGCAGGACAUAUUUCAUGGCAACAAGUUUGACAUGAUGACCACAAAUAUUGCUGAGUCGGUGAACGCUAUGUUGAUUGCCGAAAGGGAAUACCCUGUGGCAUCCAUAUUCAAUUUGAUUGCCAAGAGGUUUGAUGAAAUAUUUAGGGAGAGGAGUGCCUACGUCCUCAAAUGUAAGGAUAACAAAUUUGUUCCUGCCGCCAAAAAAAUCUUAAGAGAUAAUAUGAGCGAGGGUGACUCUUUCUAUAUAGAGAACAUAAGUGGAGAUAAAAGCCAAUACACUGUAUUUGGAAGUGGCUCUACGGCUAAAGUCGACCUACUGGAAACGUCUUGUUCGUGUAGGAAGUUUGACCUAGUCAAAAUAUCUUACUAUCACGCGAUGGCCACUUUGCGAUCGAAGCACAGUGAUGAUUGUGGUUUGAGAGUCUAUGAUUACUCUUCGCCCCUGUAUAAAGUGGAAUAG